UAAGGAAAAAUGUUUCGUCUGGAUGCUGCGGCCAACCACCAGCGUCAGAUCACCGGCCGAUGACGUUUAUGGUGAUGUGGCGGAGUCGCAUUUGAAUUUUGUAAGGAGAGCUUUCGUCCGCAUCCCAUCGGCUCCGCCUACAGGGAAGAGUGCGGUUUGGAUCACUCGCAAAGAUGGUUUACACGUCUUCCGGUGCUGCUUAUGCUUCAAGAGUUCUUCUAAUCAAACAUCACCUGGAUUCCGGAAGCAAGAUUGGCAGAGGAGGAGGCGGCAGCGAUCGACGAAAUAGGGUUGCUAUUUCCGCCAAUUUGAAGAUUCAGCUUUCGCAGAGGUCUAGCCCCGAUCAAGUUAAGAAAGAGAUACAGAGCUGUUAUGAACUUAUUCAAAAGCUUGGAAGGGGAGCUGUUUAUUUAGGUUCUUCAAGAGUAAAAGAUGAUCAUCCACAUUAUUUUCAAGCAGUAAAAUUGUCAAGGGACAUAGCCAGACUACUGGAAUGCACCACAUGGACAGGAGCUGGACCUGGCCUCAUGGAUGCCGCCAUUAAAGGUGCUUUGGAAGCAAAGAAGCCAGUCGGCGGAUUCAAGAUAGCCAAGGAGUCCGGCGAAUGGUCCAGCUCGAACCUCCAUCCCUACCUCUCUCCUGAAAAUUACCUUACCUGCAGGUUUUUCUCAGCACGUAAGCAUGGUUUGGUGGAUGCUGCGGUGAGGAAGGAGCCGUCGGACAUGACGGCAGUGAUUGCCUUUCCCGGCUGCGUCGGGACAUUAGAUGAGGUGUUUGAGAUUCUGGCCUUGAUACAAUUGGAUAGGAUUGGCUCAGAGCUUCCAGUCCCAUUCCUUCUCAUGAAUUAUGAUUCCUUCUAUGCAAAGCUGCUGGAAUUCCUCCAUGAUUGCGAAAAAUGGGGCGCAGUUUCGGAUGGAGAGAUUGGAUCUUUGUGGAAGGUCUGUAAUUCAAACCGCGAGGCUUUGGAGUAUUUGGCUGAUUUCUACAGCAUUCCUUUGAGCAGAAUAAGUUUUGGUUAGGGAUAAUUGCACACAUAGCACUUACAGAAACAUUGUUAGGUUUUUUUGAACUAUCGGACCGAUGCAUUUACACAUGUCACGAUCAAAUCAUUGAGAAUUUAAUAAAAAUAAGAAGCAUGGGCCGGGGUUUUAUCAUAAAUUUUGAUAUUUGAGCGAUAAUUUGUAAUCUUUGUAUGAAACAUGGGCCGGAGUUUUAGCAAUCUUUAGGGUGCUAUGUUUGUAAUUGCCACUUUUUAAGAGUUAAAUGCACCUUUUCAUACAGUUUUUCAAUCCCAUAGGGUUAUAAA